CUGAGUUUGUGAUAGGCGUGUAGCGGUACUGUACUGGUAUCUAUCAUCGAACGAGAAGCCGCACAUCACAGUACCGGUACUUGUACCCUGCAGUACGAUUGAUAUAUGAUAGCACAGUACGACGACGGUGCUGUAACCUAACAACCUCCCUAAGUGGUCCAGGGUGGGCGGGCAGACAAGCGAAAAAGAAUAAAACCCCUUUACUCCCCCUCUCUCUCGGAUCCUUCUCUUUCCUUCCUUCCUUCCCGACCCUCUUUUUCCUCCUUUUCCCUUCCGAGUUUAUUCUCCCUGCGGUUCACCAUCACGACAUUAUCUGAUCGAUAAUUCCUGCCAAGACUGAGCUGAGCUGGUGGAAGGGAAGAAAUAAAGGAAAUUAAUUUGACAAAAAUCUAAUACUUGUUCCCAAGAUGGGUUUCCGUCCAACGAACUCGGCGACCCUUCUCCUGAGCCUGUUAGGGCUCGGUAGCAUUCUCGGCGUCGAUGGCAGCUGGUUAUUCGGAGCGAUGCAGGAGCGCGAGCAUGAUUACCGUCGUGCCCUGCAGCCUCGUCAAUUCGUUCAGUGCAGUGCUGGGUCGAGGGCUUGCGGUGUUUUGGGUUGCGUUGCUUCGCGUCGGUGCUGUAAUGCGGAUGCUGGAUGGGGUUGUCUGACUGGGAACGCGUGUUACACUGCCAAUGGUUUUGUCGACUGCUACUCGACUACAAUGGUGAUGCCAACGGUCUCGAGAAAGUGUUAUGAUUUCACAGCGUCUGGAUGUACUCUCGGACAAGCAUGUUUCAGAUGUGGCUCAACCUCAGCCUUCUGUGCAACCGAAGUCCUCGCCAGUGGCACCGAGACCUGGCUAGUAUGCGACACAAAGUCCGCCGUCUCGACCGUGACGGCGUCCGCAGCGACGGCCGAAGCCACGUCAAUUGAUGACCCGAGUGUCACCGUGCAGACUGACCGCAGCAGGUCCUCGGCCGGAAAUUGGCCCACCAGGACGGGCACGACUAUGGUGCCAUAUCCCACCGAGACAACCACCCCCGAAAAGAAGUUGGGCGGGGGCGCCAUCGCGGGUAUCGCCAUCGCAGGCCUGGCUGGAAUUGCUAUCGUCGGAGCACUCAUCUUCUUCCUCUGCAUAAAGAAGAAGAGUCGUAAUGGUGCUCCCACUGUGCAGCCACAGUACGCGCAGCCACCGCCUACACAGAUGCCGUACCAGCAGCAGCCACCGUAUAGCCCUCCACCCCAGCAACAGCCGCAAUACAUGGCUCAAACCCCGUACAGUCCAUUGCCCGGGUAUCAAGGACAGAUGGCACACCACAGUUACAGCUCCGAAGGGCAGUCUAUGGUCCCACCUAUCUCCUCACCUGUGUACCCCGAGCAACCGAAGCAGCCAGUUACUCUGCCGGCGGAAUUGAACUAGCCGAGUUUGUGGCCGAAAUGAAAUGAUGAACGGGGGCAUGAGACGCACGUACGGGAUGGAAGAAUGGUUUGGAUGGAGGGAAAGAGGACGUUUCUUAGAAGGGAGGGAGCGAAUCGCCGGGAGAUACCAUCUAAUCCCAAAACUUUGUAGCAACAAGCUUGAUGAGAAUAGUUCAUUUCAAUCGCCCUUUUUUUUUUCCUUCACUUUUCUGUGGGGUUCUUUUUCUCCCUUGGUAGUUUUUCUUCAUUUAAUCAUUUUUCUUUUACAUCUCUUUGCAUGCGCUGUACAUACAUUUUCCUUGAGCUUGAUAUAUCUCACCCC